AGUUCUGUGUAAGUAGGUUGUUUUGCACUAUUUUCUUGAAAAUUCCUCUGUCAGUUUUUUUGACAAUUUAUUUUGAAAACGUGAGACAAAUCUUGAAUACUCAUUUCAAGAUUCAGCCGUAAAAAAAUAUAAAAUUAAUAGACACUGACACAGUUUGAUAGCAAAUGGCUGAGGAUAUCAAGGAUCAAAACUGCGAGCUAAAGGCUAAGUUACCAGCAAAGUAUGACUGGUAUCAGACGGAGCAAGCAGUAGUGGUCACAGUUUUAGUAAAAAAUGUAAAAGAGGAAUUUUUGAAAGUCAACAUCAGUGAAUCGAUUGUUAGAAUCGACAUCACUUUACCAGAUUUUGAGGCUUUUACUUUGUCUUUCAGCUUGUCCCGUAAAAUCGUACCUGAUCAGUCUAGCUACAAGUUGACGCCAUCUAAGGUAGAAAUAAAAUUGAAAAAACUUGAGGGUGUACAAUGGGAUAAAUUAGAAGGAACUUCGGCUACUGAAGGAAUUAAAACUAUACCGAAAGAUCCAAUACCUCAACUUAGUGGACCACCAUCUUACCCUACCUCGAAGAAGGGAAAAGACUGGUCUGCUGUUGAAAAGGAAAUUAAGAAACAGGAAGAGCUGGAGAAACCAGAAGGAGAAGAGGCCAUUAAUAAACUCUUCCAAGAGAUUUAUGGCAAAGGCAGCGAUGAAGUCAAAAGGGCGAUGAAUAAAAGUUAUAUGGAAAGUGGAGGUACCGUUUUAAGUACAAACUGGGAUGAGAUUUCCAAGGAAAAAGUUCAGGUGAAGCCUCCAGAUGGUAUGGAAUUCAAAAAAUGGCAUGAAUAAACGCAAUGAUUUCGUCUCUCUUUCUACUCAUAAUUUAUGAACAUUUAUCUUUUCCGUCUACUUAAUAAAAUACUUUUCAAUAA